UUCUUCCUCUUCCAACAACCUCAACACCCUCCAACUGCAACGCUCGGUGCCCGCCCCUCAUGCACAUUCGGCCCUUCUGCCUAGAUACCUCCCUCAUCUCACCAGGCUCCCCUGAUCGGCCACACCGUAGCCGAGAAGGGAGCGCUAGCACGGUGCAGGCCAGUUUCAACCAUUACCAGAAUUCGCGAUCGCCCUUCUAAUCUCGAUGCUUAACUCACCUUGUGUUGGCUGAGCUAUGAGCGAAGUAGCAUCCAAAUCAUUUUGCAACCUACCUCGCCGCCGCGGCAUCACCAUCCCCUUUAGUAGCCUCUCCGGAGGUGCUGGGAUGCUAUGAGGUUGUGCUGCACUUGUGGACAUCAUGUAGCCAGUCGCAGAAAUGCCUCAUGACGACGCUGCCUAAUGGAGAUAGAUGACACGGCGGCGGCUUCACAGUGAGUUUCCCUUCUUGUCGAGACGCAUUUCGCAUUUGUCCUAAAUUACUUAGAUAUGAGCUGAUUUAAUGUGGCAGGAUCCUAUGAUACUACUCUGGUCUUGAAUCAGAUCUCAUGAUUGGAUUGUGCCAGCUUCAUGCUAAGACGCCAACGACGGGCGAGAUAAGUCUGCCUGAAGUGCUUGGACAGCUGGAUACGACGGCAUCCUCGAUCCUUCGACCCCCUCCUUUCUCACUUAUUCACGGCGUUGCCGACGAUCGAAAAUAUAUAUCAAGAUCGGCCGAUCGAGGUGGACAGCACAGUAGAGAUGGCCGAGGACGAACAUCUUCUAUCAUAAGAGUGCAGGAUUGAAUGGUAUGGAAGCCUUGUAAUCGGCGUGAAUUUCUCAGCAUGAGAUAGACAGCAUUGACGCCGAGGUGUUUUUGACGGAGAUUGCGAUAGAAGAGAUAUUAAAGAGCAUGGUAGGAGUGUAUAGCAGGUUGCAUAGGAUAUCCAGGUUUUGUGAGACAUGUAUAUAAAACCUUUGAUUCUCCGUUUCUGCCAUCUUUUUUAUUCCAGUUGUGCAGCUAAUAAUAAGCUGAUCAUUUCUUAAAUACUUCAAAUUAUCUCUACCCACUCGAGAUGGCCAUUUUUGCCCCAAUCCUAUACAGUUAUGUGCCCACUGCACGGCGGCGCUCCAAAAGAACGAGUCCCCGCUGCGAACCUGCUCCAAAGCUAUCUGGUAUUUUGAACAAGUUCCAGCAUGUUAGGUCAAACAGUACAUUGCCUAGCACGCCGCGACUAGUAGCUGAUAAUGGGUGUAACAAGCCUGGAAUUCAAGGUAUGUCCCAAGAUUAAAGCGUUCGACCUAUAUCAACAUUCACUGACUUGUAGUAUUCUGCCAGGGACCGAUACUAUUCACAGAGAUAGCCAUAACAAGAACAAUAAUGAAGCCGAAGCCGAAGACGAUAACGAUAGCGACUUUUCCACUAUCGAAGAGUUGCUGCUUACCAAGCCACAAGAGCAGGGUUUCACAAAGGAGAAUCGAGGCCUGGAUAAUACAGGCGGAGUUGAGGAGGUAGCUUUAGAAGGGAGGACCGGCUCUGUGGACUAUAGCGGAUUAGCAUUAGGCUAUAACUCAAGCGGGAGUCCAGGUAGUACGCCCAACUCCCUCUACUUAGUGUAGAUGACCAUUUUUCUGACAUAGUGUAGAUAGCACGAUUUACAUGCUAGGAGACGACGAUUCAAGUUCUGGUAUCGCAGUCGAUGAUAUUCUUGUCGAAAGUGUAGUACAGGAUACGGGUUUUUUCAAUAACCUAGAGAAUGCUAUGAACUCGACAAUCCCAGUCUCUUCCAAUCCUGAUAAAGGUCCCUGUAUUGAGCAAUAUGACUCUUCCGAGACAGAUCAAUCUCCACAGCUAGUUGAACCAGGAGCAUUGACAAGUCCUGUUUCGUGUCUCUUCGGUGAGUCAUUGCAUGUUAGUACAGCAUGCCCUUCUUCACACCAUGCUGGAUUCGAGACCACGACAUCCUCCUAUUCCUCUCUUAAUCUGAGCCCACCUCCACGCCAGCUCGAAUUGCUACUAGAGAACCUAAGAGACGAUGGGGUUCAAAGCAUAAAUGGAUACGGGCGGGCAGGCUCUGCAUUUGAUAUUGAUUGCCUUGAUCAGGGGCAGUGGCAGGAGCCAGAGCAGAGGGAAGACAAUGCCAAUACAGGUAGUACCCGCGCAUCCAAAAGACAACGGCUCAUCCAAUCCACCAUUUCAGUAUCAGAGCCGAAUUACCAUGAGACAGAGAGUAGUGAUAAUGACAGCGACGAUGAGUUCAACUUGGGCAACGAUAUGAGAGAGCUAUGUCCUAAGAGACGGAAGCGGGCUUCGUUAUACGAUAGCCAAGCCUCCAAGAAGCGCCAGGACCCUCUUCAGCAGAGAUCUACCCGCAAAAAUAGAGUAUCUCGCCGGUCGUCAAAGGUAUACUCGCCUCUUGGUCAGGGCUCAAGAGUCACUGCCGCCCCUAAUACCCAGGGUCAACUGCCUUCGCCCAUGCCUUCUACAUUAGAAACCAUAAGUACAGAAUUGCCAUCUGUAUACAGUGGCGGGCCUUCAAAAGAUACCCUGCCAACGCUAACUGAAAUUACAUUCCGUCCGCAAUCUUCAUACUGUUUCUCCUUCACAGCAAUAGUCCAGGAGGGUCAUAAUGGACAAGGGGUUUCAUUUAACCAACUUGCCCAACUUAUCAAGAACACUGGCUAUAUUGGGAAAAUUGACGACUUCACUAUCAAGCCACUGCAAGACUCGUUCCUCUUGACUGGCUUCAGCCGACAUACGCCCCCCCGGCUCAUGCCCAAUGGUACAACUGUGCUGACUCCCAGGAAUGUAAUCCGCAUCCACGACGAUGAGACGCGAUCCAAAUUCUGGUAUGACAAGGUGGUUGCGUCAGGAGAAGUUGAGUCUUCCAGCAGCGAUGAAAACGAUAGUUUGAGCGACAAUAAUCAUGACUCUAAUAGCAAGGCUGCUGAUAGAUAUUCUAUUGGAGAUCGUUCAAGCAUGAGGAAGAAUAUUCGAUGGGUGCCCUUAGACGACCAGCGCUUGCUGGCAUAUAUGCAAGAAGAAAAGUCUUGGCCUUGGAUCUUCCGAAAAUUCUCAAAAAGGACCCAGGCCGCCGUACGCAUGCGCUGGAAUUUAAUUCGCCCCCGAGGAGAGACUUAAGAAGCAGAAACAAGGCGUAGACUAUCUGGUAUUGGUAAGGAAAGAGGAUUUUCUAGCUAGGAAGUUUUCUAUGUAUAUAUGCUACUUUACUAUUUAUU